AUAAUAUUUAAAAGUUUUCUUUUUGACAUAUAUUAAGUUAGCAAGCCAAGUUGUAGUCUGGCUUGGCAUAGUGAAAAAGAGCUCUCUACAAUGAAAUGUUGAAACAUUACUAUAAAAAGUUUUUUGAUGAGAAAAGGAAGCUAGCAUUUCAUAUUCUGAAACAUCUUGUCCCAUGUUGUUUCUUCAAGAGGAUGGCAUUCCCUGUGGACAUGCUGGAUAAUUGCAGUCACGAGGAAUUGGAAAAUUCUGCCGAAGAUUAUAUGUCAGACCUAAGGUGUGGGGACCCUGAAAAUCCUGAGUGUUUUUCUCUUCUCAAUAUUACGAUUCCCAUUAGCCUGUCAAAUGUAGGCUUUGUACCUCUUUAUGGUGGAGACCAGACCCAGAAAAUUCUUGCUCUUUUUUCACCUGAGGACUCACUCACAGCUGUGGCAUUUUACCUUGCUGAUCAGUGGUGGGCUAUUGAUGAUAUUGUGAAAACAUCUGUCCCUUCUAGAGAGGGGCUUAAGCAGGUGAGAACUCUUGGAGAGAGAGUGGUCCUGUAUGUUCUGAAUCGAAUUAUUUAUAGAAAACAGGAAAUGGAGAGAAGUGAGAUCCCGUUCCUGUGUCAUAGCAGUACUGAUUAUGCUAAGAUUCUAUGGAAAAAAGGAGAGGCCAUUGGGUUUUACUCAGUUAAGCCUACAGGGAGCAUAUGUGCCUCAUUUCUUACCCAAAGCUACCAGCUGCCAGUUCUUGAUACAAUGUUUAUAAGAAAGAAAUAUCGAGGCAAAGAUUUUGGGCUUCAUAUGCUGGAGGACUUUGUCGAUUCCUUUACAGAAGAUGCACUUGGCUUGCGGUAUCCACUGUCCUCUCUAAUGUACACAGCUUGCAAGCAAUACUUUGAAAAGUAUCCAGGAGACCAUGAACUCCUUUGGGAAGUUGAAGGUGUUGGACACUGGUGCCAGCGAAUACCUGUCACCAGAGCAUUACAGAGAGAAACACUUAAAAUUACAGCAAUUUCUCCAAAUGAAGCUAAAAGACCUGUGUCUGGGGAAUACGGUCUUGCAUCUGUUCCAGAGUAUGAAGUGGGAACUGAAGACAGUCCAUCUAGUGAGAUGCAACUAACUAUUGAUUCUCUAAAAGAUGCCUUUGCAAGCACUUCUGAAGGCCAUGAUAAAACCACACUUUCCACUCGUACCCGAAGUAGUCAUCUGAAGCGGCCAAAGAUUGGAAGGCGGUUUCAGGAUGGUGAAUUUAGUAGUUCUCAAGGGGAAGGUGAAAAGACUUCCUCUACAGUGUCAGUAAACAAAUUGGAGUCUACUGCACGCACAUCAGAGAGCUCAGAAGAAUUCCUGGAAGAAGAACAUGAACGGAGUGUGAUUGAAUUUGAGGACGGAAGUAGUGAUAAAGAUGCUCGUUCAGCACCUGAAACCCAGCCACAUCUGGAGAAGCAGGAUGGUGAAAAGGAAUCUGAAUUAGAGCCUAUGAAUGGUGAAAUAAUGGAUGAUGCUCUUAAGACCUCUCUUAUAACUGAAGAGGAGGACUCCACUAGCGAAGUUUUAGAUGAAGAAUUAAAAUUGCAGUCUUUUAAUUCCAGUGAAGACUCUACAAAUCUUGUUCCACUGGUGGUAGAAUCUUCAAAACUCCCUGAGGCUGUUGCACAGGAUAAGACCUCACAUGUAACUGACUCAGAAAUGUUGCUAGACGAAGGCCCAUCUGAUGAAAAAGGGCAUGCAGAAGAGAAACCAGCGCUAGUUCCAAGAAAGAAGGCACAUUUUGGGAGUUCAGACAACGUUGCUAUUAUCCCAAAUGAAGAACGAUCUGACAGUGGUUUUCCAAACUCUGUGAUAGCUGAAUUUUCUGAGGAAUCGAUCUCUGAAAAUUUAUCGCCCAACACUACUUCUUCACUGGAAGACCAGGGCGAAGAGGGUGUGUCCGAGCCCCAGGAAACAUCUACGGCUCCUCCUCAGAGUUCUUUGAUAGAGGUUGAACUUGAAGAUGUACCAUUUUCGCAGAAUGCAGGACAGAAGAACCAGUCAGAGGAACAGUCUGAAGCUUCUUCUGAGCAACUGGAUCAGUUUACACAAUCAACAGAAAAAACUGUGGAUAGCAGCUCAGAGGAAAUAGAAGUGGAAGUGCCUGUUGUAGACAGGCGGAAUUUAAGGAGAAAGGCCAAGGGGUAUAAAGGACCCGCUAAGAAGAAAGCCAAGCUGACCUGAAUGAAGGAGAAAUGCGGAUGAUAAUUCCUCUUCUUUGUAACAUAAUUGUUUUUAAAAUAUGGUAAUAAAUAGCACGGGGCACAGGACAAAAUUCCAAAAUUUCACUUUGAGCUUAUUUAUGAUAGUUUUUCCCUCCCCCUUAGGACCUAGGAUUCAUCAUUGUUUUUAAUUUUUCAGGCUAUUUUGUGUAAAUACAGUUUUUUAAUUUUUAUUAGCCAUGUUUCAAUUUUGGGAAACCAGGUCAUACUAUAUUUUCUUUAGUUGUUGGGACCAUCUGACCAUUAAUUAUUUAGGAAAUAUAAAUUAGAAAACUGAAAGUAGUAGGCUUUCCAUUACUUGUGAGGAUCAUAGAAAUUUUUACACUAAGGGUUUUGAAUAGUGAACUUGGUGAUUGGUCUAGAGGUUUUAGUUUAAAUAUCAAAACAAAUCACCAUUUUUAAAAAUGUAGGCAUGCCUAACCAAAAAUGUCAGUAAAUUAGAAUAAUUUCAGCUAAAUGAGAGCACAAAUAUAGAAAUUUAUGGUCAGGUUUAUGAGGGUGGUACUUUGGCCUCUCAGCCCGUUGUUGUAUAGAUACAGUUUCUUCAUUUGACUUUAAUGUCUGAAUAGGUACAAACUUUCCAACUCACUCUUUAUAACAUCUGAUAUUAACAGUACUGCUAGGGAUUUAACUCUGGCAUGUAGGUACUAAUAUAAUUAUUUAAAAUUGCUUUUGAAGUUGGGGACUAGACUUUUGUCUUCACCUAGUUAACAUGUAUACAUCAGAAGAGGACCCUUCCUAAGACUCCUCCUUAAUCCUGCCACUGCUUUAUUCUAGAAUCUUUAUACUCCUCUCAGCUUUCAUCCACUUCGCUAACUCACGGAGUGAUUCCUGUCAAAAGAUCUGCCUGCCUGCCUGCCAGCUUAUGCCCUUGGCAUCAUUUUUGGGUAGGUAUGAAACUGUGCCCCGCAAUCAUAGACCUAGAUGGCAGCAAUAAAGCUGCCCUAGGAGCUGUGGUCACCACAGCUUAAGUCAAAUUGGAGGCUUUGAUCGUCCCUUGGGUCUUGCUUACUCUUGGUUUGUUCUGUGCGGAUAGGUUACGAGUCAGCCUGCUCAUUGUGUUGCCAUAGCAAAGGCCUUCGCCUAGGAAAACUUAAAAAAAUAAUAACAAAUCCCUCAAUUGUUAAUUUUUGUAGAGUAAUUUAUUUAGAAAUGAACAAAAUGGUAAUAUUUAGGAUCCAAAGAGAAUCUCGAAACAAUAAUGCUCUUUGGAAGUAUUAUGUAUACUCAGAUCUGUACUUAAGUUGAAGAAUGCUUUGAAAAGACCACUUAGAUUGUUUUCAAAACAAGCUUGGUCCUUAAUGAAUAAAUAUGUUAUGACUUUUUGUCAUUAUUUGAAGUGCUAAGGAUUGAUGUUGAUUUUUUUAGUCCAGUCAGGUGAUGUCAUUACAUUUUAUUUUGGGAUGUUGAUAUUUUAGAAAGAUCUAAGCUAAAAUCUUUAAGCAGGCGAAAUAGCAAACCCUCCUAUUCAUUAUAAAAUUUUGAGUACUUGUAUCUCCAAAUUUUCUUUAAUUAUUGGUGGGGUAAACCAGAUUUCACGUUAAAUGAAAAUUACAGCACUUUGGCUGUUUGUUUUCUCAAAAAAUGCUAAAUAAGUGAAAGAAAAAGUGUAAGUAGUAAUAGUUAGCGAAUGUUUAUGUUGUUAUACAUUUUAUGAAAAACUUUUGUUAAAACCACAAAUAGGGAAAUACAAGAUUAAGAUUUAGUAAGUUCUUAUUCUUAACCUUUCCAUUUAAAAUUCUUAUAAUAGAUAAAAAUACAAUAUUAUUUUACUUUUUUACUUGGAUUACUCAUUGUUCUCUUUAAAAUAGUUCUUUAAAAAAGUGUAAUUUAAGAAGACUGAGUUCACUCUUGCUGUGUGAGUAUGGUUGCUGAGUUUACAAACAAAUGUUUAGUUAUUCGUAUGUGGUCGUUAGCAACAGUGUAAACGUGUUCAACUUGUUCGGUUUAUUCUUAAACAAGAUGCGCGUUUUAGGCCAUUUCAAAACAUUUUGUUCAGCGCACAAGACUUUGUUGCAUAUUAUCUGACAGAAAAUGUUAUUUUGGCAUUUAUAGAUGGUAGAGAAAAAGCUGAGUCACGUGGAAAAACCUAAUGUUCAUGUUCCGUAGCAUGUUCUUUCAGUAAAUGACUUCUAUACUCAGUGAGCAUAGAAUUUAUAACAAAAUAUAUCCUCAACAAGGAGACUGAAUGAAACUUCAUCAGAUACUUGUGUUUGCAAGUCAUUAGUAAAACUUUCAGAAAGAGAAGACAGAAAUCCGACUUCAACGGGCUGGUCUAGGUGGGUGUCCAGGCACAUCCUCCAGUCCUUUGUGAAUUGUUUUCUGUUCAGAAGUCUUAUUUGUGGAGAAGGGAGUUAACUUCUUUGUGUAAAUACGUAUAUAUUUCCUUGUGUAAUGUAAAGCAGUUACUAGCACAAUUUUAGUUCUACUUUUAAGUUUGUUCAGUUGCUAGACAUCACAGAAAUAAGUAUAUUUAAGAAUUAUAAAGGUCCUUACAACUUUUAAAGGUGAGAGGGUCUAUUAUUGUUUUUUAUAGACUCUAAUAGCAUGACAAUGUCAGUCAUCCACUUAAAUUGUGUCUAUAUUUGUGGUGUUUCCAUUGAGUAGAGAAUUCUCACAGGAAGGUAACAGCUACUAGUGAUUGAUGGUCCACUUUUUGCUGACCACCAGAACACUACACUACCUAAAAUGGUUUCAGUGACUUUAGAAAAAUAGCUGGGAGGUUUAGGAUUGCAUCAAAUUGAGUUUACCUAGUAUCUAAUAUCUAUUAUGUUCUGUUUUACCCUUAGGGAUUACCUUCUAAAAUUUGGUCACACCAGCAAACAAACAAAUUCUUAAGGUGUAAAUAAAGAAUUUAUACUAACAUUACUCAUUUGUGUAAUAGUAUUUUACAAAUAUAUUUCUGCCUUGUAUGUCCGCUAACAUCAAUACUGUUUAAGAUGUUACCCAGUAUUUCGUGGGUGUGAUUAGUUAUGCUUCUAUUUGCAUAUUUAAUAUCAAGCUUUCUUUGUGUAAGAUAUUUAAGUUGUUUAUUUUUGGUUCUAAAAAAUAAGCAGACCUCAGUUCUGUAGUAUCAAGUGCGUACUUUAGCCAGUGUUUUGCUUUCACCUUCCAAAACCUAAGUCAUUCAUACAUUCCCCUUUUCUGUUUGUGGCAAAAUCAUGUUAAAAUCUAAUUGUAAGAAAGGUUCAGCUUCUGUCAUCCCAAAGUAAUUGUAUUAUAUUGGGUAGUCAUUCCCAGGAAUAGCCUAGCCUUUCUUUUCCUAAGUGUCUGUAUUCUAAAACUUCUGUUUAUAGAACUUAGAAGCUAUUACAUUACUCAGAAUAGCAAGUCUUACGAAGUACUCGUUUGUUUUCUUGAUAGUUUUUUUUUUUUUAAGUUUAAAGUAGUAAUUAAACCUAUAUUUUGUGAUUGUUUCUUGGUCUGUGUUUUGAAAUUUUUUUACCUUUUCCCUAAUUUCACUGAUGAUGUGUUUAGAUACUGAAUUUGUUUAAACAUUAAAUGAUUUUGUUAAAGGCA